UGUCAUCUUUGAAGCGGUCGUCUGCCUGCUUGUCCGCCGGCCCCCCUCCCGCUCCUCCUGUCCGGGUUUCAGAGUGAACAUGGACGCGGUCUGAGAAGCACUGUCGCGCUGUCAGCUGUUCGUCCCGCUUCGCACAGAAUUAUAACAAGACAUUCUGCCCUCGCUCGUCCUCGCCGAAGUCUCGAUCAUGAUGGAGUACUGGAGGCAAUGCUCGCUGUGGCUGAUCAACUGCAAGGUGCUACCAGUCAACCACCGGGUUACAUGGGAGUCCGCGCAGGUAUUCGAUUUGGCCCAGACGCUCCGGGAUGGAGUCCUGCUGUGCCAUCUGCUCAACAACCUGAGAGGCCAGUCCAUCAACCUGAAGGAGAUCAACCUCAGACCUCAGAUGUCACAGUUCCUGUGCCUGAAGAAUAUCAGGACCUUUCUGGCAGCGUGUAUCGAGAUAUUUGGCAUGAAGAAGAGCGAGCUGUUCGAGGCCUUUGACCUUUUCGAUGUCCGGGACUUUGGAAAGGUUAUGGACACACUAUCCAAACUGUCCCACACAGUAAUUGCACAACAGACUGGAGUCAGGCCUUUUCCAACAGAGGAUAGUGUUGAAGAUGAAGAUAUUUACAACCACCUGGUGGAUCUCAUUGAUGAGAACGGGGUGGAGGAUGAGGAGGAUCUGUAUGACUGUGUGUACGAUGAUGAAGAUGGAGGAGAGAUCUAUGAGGACCUGAUGAAGACGGAAGCCCUCCCUCCUCCGGCGUUCCACAAGGCGGAGACUGACAUUAGGAGCUGCUGUUUAACAGAGAUUAGACAAACAGAGGAGAAAUACACCGAGACCCUGGAGUCAAUAGAAAAGCACUUUAUGUCGCCCCUCACCAUGUUUCUAUCCACGGUGGAGAUGGAGAGGGUGUUUGUGAACAUCCCGGAUCUGGUGAAAGUUCACAAGUGUUUGCUGCUGGAGAUCCAAGACUCAGUUCACCACAGAAGUGCCCAGAACCUUUUCCAGAUCUUCAUCACUUUUAAAGAGAGGUUGUUGAUCUACGGGAAAUACUGCAGCCACGUGGAGACGGCCAUCGCCACGCUGGACAACAUCAGUAAAGACAGAGAGGACGUUCGCAUGAAGCUCGAGGAGUGUUCAAAGAGAGCCAACUACGGCAAGUUCACGCUCAGAGAUCUGCUGGUGGUUCCUAUGCAGCGGGUUUUGAAGUACCACCUCCUCCUGCAGGAACUGGUGAAACACACUCAUGAUUCCACGGACAAGAGCAACCUGCGGAAAGCACUGGACGCAAUGAAGGAUUUGGCUCAGUACGUCAACGAAGUGAAGCGAGACAACGAGACCCUGCGGGAAAUAGAUCAGUAUCAGAAAUCCAUUGAAAACUUGAAUCAGCCUCUCAGUAACUACGGGAGACCCAAAGGAGACGGGGAGGUACGGGUGGCCUCGGUGGACAAACGAGCCAAACAGGACAGGCACAUCUUCCUCUUCGACGCCGCAGUGAUCGUUUGUAAGCGGCGCGGAGACAACUACGAGAUGAAAGAGGUGAUCGACCUGCAUCUCUUCAAGGUCACCGACAACCCCACGUCGGACAAGGAGAACCGAAAGUGGUCCUACGGAUUCUACCUCACUCACAACCAGGGCCAGAACGGCUUUGAAUUCUUCUUCAAGACCAAAGAGUUGAAAAAGAAGUGGCUGGAGCAGUUUGGCAUGGCCAUAUCCAACAUACGACCUGAGAAUGGCAACAACAACUUGCAUGAGUUUCAUAUGCACACCUUUGACAAAAUCACCUCCUGCAACUCCUGUCACAUGCUGCUAAGAGGCGUCUUCAACCAAGGCUACAUGUGCUCCAAGUGUGGUCUAGGUGCCCAUAAAGAAUGCCUGGGCCGCUUUGGCUGCUGUGGAAAAACAGAUCCUGUCUCCAUCAGAACUCAGGGCAAAGAUCGAGAUGCAGGUCUACCCAAGAUGCUGGUGAUCAGGAACUACUUCGGUGUGCCGAGCCCCACUUCUGGCCCGGCGCUCAGCAUCCAGACGGGUGACAUCAUAGAACUGAUCUGCGCCGACCUUCACAGCCCCUGGUGGCAGGGCAAAAUCCUGUCGACGAAAGAGGUUGGCUUCUUCCCAAGCGAUGCUGUGAAGCCUUGCCCAUGUGUUCCGAAGCCUGUUGAUUACUCAUCUCAACCCUGGUUUGCGGGGCCCAUGGAGAGGCUCCAGGCAGAGGCAGAGCUCAUCAACAGAGUCAACAGCACUUACUUGGUCCGCCAUCGCAGCAGAGAGUACACAGAGUACGCCGUCAGCAUAAAGUACAACAACGACGUGAAGCACAUAAAGAUCCUAACCAAGGACGGCUGCUUCUACAUUGCAGAGAACAAGAAGUUCAGGAGCAUAAUUGAGCUGAUUGAAUACUACAAACACCACUCCCUGAGAGAAGGAUUCAGGAGUCUGGACACCACGCUACAGUUUCCAUACUUGGAAACUGAGAACGCCGCUGUGCACCGACUCAACCGGUCAGGAGGCAACACCCCAUUGCUGUGCGGCAUCUCUUUUGUAACUCCUGCCGGCUACAGCUUUGUACCUCCUUCCUCUGCUCCCUUCUGGUCAGUGUUUACCCCCAAAGUGAUCGGUGUGGCGAUAGCGCGGUACGACUUCAGCUCGCGUGACACCCGCGAGCUCUCGCUGCAGGAGGGCGACGUGGUGAAGAUCUACACAAAGUCGGGAGCCAACGGCUGGUGGAGGGGCGAGGUCAACGGCAGGGUGGGCUGGUUUCCAUCCACAUAUGUAGAGGAGGGUGAGGAGUGAGAGGUUCACCGCGGGAGUUACAGUGAGAUAGAAGAAGGACGGCAGCAGUGGAGUGAACACACUGAGGUACCAGUGACAGACAGAGUGAGCAUCUGCACUGCCGCUCGCUCCAGUGUUACUCUCUUCACUCUCCGGCUCUGCUGCGCACGACCAUCCCAGUGGCCUUUGUGAGAGGGAGAGGAAAAAAAAGGGGGCGGCAGCUCAUUGCAGAUGCAGAGACGCCCCGAUCACUUGUGGCCAACUCGCGAGGCUAAGUGACUCCAUCGCCUAGCAGCUUGACUGUCAGCGGGACACGAGCCCUCGCCAAACGCCUCCCCGACUCCGUCCGUCCAUCCAUAAUUCACCUCUUGCUCCAGCCACAGCCCCACACACCCCCACCAACUCCCACCUGUUUCUGCUUGCCAAGUCGGCCAUCGCCAAUCUGUCAAAAGUGGAUACUCGUAUGCCUCUUUCCCAUUCAUGCGCUCAUCCAUCCAUCCCUCCAUCCGUCGUUUCCACCACUCCCUGUGGGAACAGAGUCAUCAGAGCUGAAAAGACCCACAGUGAACAGCUUUUUUUUCCCCCCCCUCCCUCCUUACUCUGAUGAAUCUCAGACCGUUCUGACCUUGCCUGUGUGUUUGUUCCACUAAUGCAGGUGGUUAUUGAUGACUUGAUGACCCAGAAUCACACUUCCACACCACCCACCUCUCCUCCGCUGCACAUCAUGAUCACCACACGCACACACACACACACAGGAGAUGUAAGAGAGGGAUGGCGUCGGAUAGCAUCGCUGCACAGUGCCAGCAAUUGAUCGCUGUUGUUCCUAUUUUCCUCCUCCCACCUCCACCAUUCUUUAUCUGCAGCUCAGCCUCUCAUGUUUUCACUUGUCUUGGCUGUUAGCGAUCCUCUGCUCUUAUCAGUGGCAGCUCUGUCAACAGGAGCCCAUUCGCAGAGGGUUUAUCUUAGUUCCGGCAUUAGUGUCGGGGAACAAGCCACCUGCUCCAGGAGAAAACUUUUUCUUCUUCUGUCAAAGCAACUGUCUUUUACUUUUUCAAUUUUUAGCUUUUUUUUUCAUUAUCUGCAAAUAUGAUGGGUAUGGUGCAGUUUGAUUGCAUUCUUGCAGAAGUGAUCAAUACUUUAAUAUUCUGUGUCUAUGAGAGGCGAUAAAGCCAGAUUUCUACUUUGUCAACAUCUUCACCAGAUUAUGCAUCAGAAUAUUUUAGCAUCUUUUUCAAAUUUG